CUCCCUCUCUCUCUCUCUCUCUCUCUGUCUCUCCCCCAUCCCGCUGUCACCUUGUCCCCCUAGCCCCUACCCUGGCUGUCGAUCCGCUCGAUCACUCCCCCCCCCCCCCGCGCGUCGGCUGCCCAACUCUCCUGUACGAUAUAUAGACUCGCGGCCCGAAGAAGCCAUGGCGGUGCAGCUCCUGUCGCUCCCGCGGCCAGGGGAGUCUCUCGCGGAGAUGUCCGUGUCACCGGGUCUUGCCGUGGCCUGGGGCCUCUUCAUUGGAGUGUCCUUUGUGGCCAGUUUCUUUUUCCUGCGCGUACCGCCGGCCGCUUCGCGCGAUGACCCAACUGUCAUCAUGGCCCGCAUCAAGGCGGUGUCCGCAUCUAUUGUCAUCUCUCUGGUGCUGACGUAUCUGCUGUUAAACUAUCUUGGGGUCGAGGACCCCGCCGCAUUGAUGGGCUUCCGGUGGACCGGACUCGGCCUGGCGCUGGUGCUUCCCAUCCCCCUGUUUAUGUGCUUCUUCCUCGGAUCGUUUGUCCUGGCCUACUUUGAGCUCGAGCUCCCGGGGCAGAUGUACUUCAACUUUUCCCGUGACGUGGUCGCCCCUCUUUCUGAGCCGUCUGGGUGGCGCAAUUGGAUUUUCGCUCCCUUCGCAGAAGAGUUGGCCUUCCGCUCGUGCAUCUUCCCGCUGAUGUUCCUUUCUGGCUUUCGGUCGCCGUGGAUUCACCUUCUGGUGAGUUUGUACUUUGGCGUGGCGCAUCUGAACCAUCUGCGGGACAUUCGGGCGCGGAACAUUGCCGCCAAGCAUCCCCGGCCGACGGUGGCCGCCCUCGUGGUGGUGCUGGUGCAACUGGUAUACACGUCCAUCUUUGGCACCUUGGCCGCGUAUAUCUACUACCGCACUGGGCACAUCCUGGCGGCCAUCAUGUCGCACGUCGUGUGCAAUGUCAUGGGCUUCCCCAGCUUUGGCCAGAUCCAGAACCACCCGAAGCAGGCCUGGCUAAUUUGGGCCUCCUUCGCCCUGGGGAUUGGCAUCUUCUGCCUUCUGCUUGGGCCUCUUACGGACCCGGUCCUCUUUGGAAAUGGGGUUUUCUUCCACCUUGCAUGAGUUCCAAGGGCAAGGAGGGGGUCAAUAUACUCCCAUCAAAUGUGACCCUCCGGAGGGGCAUUGCCAGACAGUGGCCUGAGGGGAGCGGACUGAGGUAUAUCGUGCGUGUGUGUGUGUGUGUGUG